CCACUACAUACACAGAUAUUUAUUACCAUCAUGGACCUCUCCACCUCUAUAACUACCCGCACACGAAAAUGGAUAUUGUACAUGUCAAGAUCUUCGUGCAACGUCCGCCCAUUGCAGUACAGACCAACUCCCGUGAUCGUACACGACAUGACUAUGAUCAGCACAUUGAUCACGAAAAGCACACAUCCCUUCCAACUACUACGCCAAAAGGACCAGCCCCUCUCCUUGAUCUCAUCGUAGAACCAGGAGAUGCUCGAGAUGCCGUACGUGAACCAGGACACGAAGAGUCUCGAGAUCAAUCCUAGAAGAUCGUUGAAGUCAGGCAUAGACUCCGCAAUGAACCAUGCAAUCACCCACAACGCAACGACAAUACCAACCCACAACACGGUUGAAAACCAUCUCCUUGAUGUGUAGUACUUGGUGCCAUAGAAGAGGCCCUGGAAGACAUACUUUGUUGCAACUUGACCAUUAAUCACACCAGCAAUGACAAUGGUGACAAUGGCAAGACCAUAUCCAACCUUGCGAAUUAUCUCAUUCGUGCUUCCCAAAGCAGGGCUUUGUGUGUAC